AUGAGCAACGCCACCAAAGACUUUCAGAGGCGAUCCUCUUCAAACGAAUUAGAUCCCUUUACUGGCAACUCGAGUGGAGCGUCCCGUGAUGUGAGCAGUGUCAAAGACUCGCUAGGAGACAGCAGCCGCAUGUCUCAAGACAGAUCACAUGGGAGUACUGGUACCAGUAUGAGGAGGAAAUGGGGUGCGAGGCAAGAACUGGAUGAAGAUGAGGAGGAGCCAAGAAGUCACGAAAUGAUUCUUAAAUCGAUUGCCGAAAGUCAUCGUCAGGGCAAUGGUGUGUCGUCCCAAACUCAACCUCCAGAGAAGCACAAGAAGAUACUUCCAUUCCUGCAGCAAAAGCAAGACAGUAAUCAUUCAUCCACGAGGCCGGACUCUCAACUAAAUAGUGUCAGUCUGGAGAAGGAUUUGUUGGCUGACAGCUCCAGCAUGACUCAAGACGAAUCGGAUGGUACACAAGCCUCCUAUCGAAGAGCAAGAUUGAUCCAAAAGCCCUCGCCAGACUGUGUCCAAAGUCAAGAGUUCAUUCUUGAAUCCAUUGCCGACCACUAUCGACUUACUUCUGCUUCGGCUCCUACGUCUCGACGAUGGGAACCCACCACCACGACAAAAGCCACCAUAGCCAAUCGAAGAGAGGCAAGCACCGGUAGUGGAGAUGAUGCAGCGCCUCCACCGUUGCGACUCUCUCGCGCAUCUCCCGGUGCGGGCACUACCACGGCUCGUCCAGGGGCGUAUGCCACGCCUCCUAUUGUGGACACGGCCGAGGAGCAGGGAACUAUUGCUGUAAGUAUGCCCAAUGAUGGAUCAUCAGAGAGGUUUUUGGAGGAACAGCUGGCAACAACAGCAGCAUCUUGUGCUGCUGGCACCGACCGUUCUGCCUUGCAGCACACAGAGCAGCAACAGCCGGACGGCAAUAUUUUAUUGGAAGCUACCUUGGUGUCAAACAACGGUCACAACGACGACGAAAACGUCUUUGAAGCACAAGCCAUGGAUGACGAUGCAAUUCUCAAGGCAUUCUUUGCCACGCCCAAAGGAAAGGUCAUGGUCCUAUGCUGCCUGCUGAUUGUUGUUGGAGCGCGUCAUUCUUUUGGCGGUCCUUCCUUGCGAAACAGGGAUGAGGACUGCCAAAUACUUCCGGAAGUGGCUCCUACCAUGGCCUCCAAUCCUUCCCUACAAACAACAACGACGACGACACGACGCAUGCUCCAACCAUUGGAGCUUUCCUUGUCACUUUUGCCCAACUAUACUCAGGAAACUAUCCUCAAUGACAAACAGUCUCCACAAGCAAAGGCAUGGCAUUGGUUGCUGCAAGACCCACAUCUCCAUGAAAUCUACCCAUUUGAACGAAAGCUGGACCGGUAUGCUCUCGCAACUUUUUACUAUGCGACUCUUGCUGCAGAUCAUGACACCGAAACGGAUCAUUCGUUGGCAUCCUGGACCACGGGAUGGCUAGACUACAAUCUUCAUGAAUGCAACUGGGGAGACUCGAGCACUACAACCACAAAAAGCACCUCCAAAAGUGCCGCCUGCGAAACUCGUCGUACAACUCUUUCCAUCCCGAAUGAGAAACUGAAUGGUACUCUGCCUCCAGAGUUGUCGCUCUUGGAUUCACUCCAGGUCAUCAACCUUGCUUCCAAUGAGUUGGAAGGGACAAUCCCCACACAACUUGCCAUGCUCACAGAACUGAAUGAGCUGAUUCUAGAUCAAAAUGCAUUCACAGGGACCCUGUUUACAGAGCUUGGCAUGCUCUCCCGUCUGGUGAACCUUACCCUGAAUGAUGUUGCAGCAUUGUCUGGAUCCAUCCCAAGUGAAUUGGGGUUGGCAACAGCACUUGGAGACUUUCGCGCAGAAAACACUCUGUUGGAAGGGAACCUUGCCAAGCGAAUUGUCACAACUGACCAACUUGAACUUCUGGUGACCCGCGGCACUUUGAUUGAUGGCACGAUACCCUCACAGUACGGUCUAUUGUCAAAUCUUUUAUGGUUUGGAGUUGGUGAUUCCGCCAUGAGUGGAACUCUACCCACGGAGCUGGGCAGCUUGGACAAACUGUACGGCCUGGAUGUGGCCGAGAACGAGAUGAUUCGAGGCCCGAUCCCAUCCAGUUGGGGAGAUUGA